AUGUCAGAUUGCAAACCAGUUUCUACUCCAAUGCUCAAGGGUGAAGAAACUUCCACAUCAGGGAAAGUUAACCAGGCGAUACAAUUUCCCUACAGGCAAGCAGUUGGAGCACUGAUGUACCUAAUGCUCGGCACAAGACCUGAUCUAGCGUACAGCGUAGGAUACAUCUUAAGAGUCCUUGAAAAUCCAACUCAAGAAGAUGUCGUACUAGUCAAGAGAGUUUUUCGGUACAUCGCAGGGACUUUGAACUUUGGGAUAGUCUACUGUAGGAGAAAAGAAGAGGCUGGAGUUUUGGAGAUCUACAGUGAUGCUGAUUUCGGGGGAUGUACGAAAACAGGUCGUUCAACCUCAGAAGUCAUCGUGAAAUACUCAGGAGGAGCAAUUUCUUGGUUGAACCAACGACAAGCAGUUGUAGCUACAUCAACAACUGAAACUGAAAUCAUGGCAGCAAACGAAGGAGCAAAAGAGGCAAUUUUGCUGAGCAGGCUCUUGUUAUUCAAGUUGAUAAUACCGCUGCAGUGA